CCUGUGUCUGUUAAUAUCUUCAAAAAGAAUCAUUAAAAGGAUAAUCAGUUACCUAUAGCAGGUAGGGCAGAAUGGAGUCAAAGUAUAGGAAAAGAAGUAAGAUUUCUCUGACUAUAUGUUUGAAACAUGCAAAUGUUUUAUAUAUUCAAAUCAAUUUAAAAAAAGAAAACUAACCUCUGAGUUUGAAGACAAAUGCAAAACAAAUGAGCCUAACUAUAUGUCAAAUUUAUAGCAUAACCACACAAAGAAAAUUAUUUCAAGUUACUGUAGAAAUAUAUUACCUUGACUAUACAUCCUAUCGAACGAUAUUCUAAAGAAAAUAAGAACUAUAAAGAAAUUUUAAACUAAAUCUGGUAGCAUUGCUGCUGUUGUUAAUACCAAUGCAAGAUUAUCUUCAAAUUAAUGUGUGAAUAUUACAGGAUAGAGCAAUUAUUUUAAUGUUAAUAACAGAUUUCCAUGUAAGAAAAAGGAAAUACAAGUACAAAAUCAAAGGCCAGUAACAACUCCAUACCAUUUCCUAACCCCAUUAUAUUAAAUCUGAACUGGAGAUAACAAUAUUAACUCAUGGUUUUAAUAUACACAUAUUUUCCUAAUUUGUCCACUGAAAGGGACCAGUAGCAAUGAAACUUCAAGAAGAGUAAUCUCUAGUGACCAGUUUUGGUAUCUAAAUGCCUUUCCCACUAAAAAGAACCAGGGUUCUUUAGAGUAAUGGUAUAUUCCAAACCUGGAUAAAAGUAUAUAAGGAAAAUCUUGAACAUCUUGUUGUGCCAGAAAACAAACCAACAUUUGAAGCCUGGUUCAAAGACUACUGGAUUAUUGUCAAAAGGAAUCAAGAGCCGGCUUUAAAGGGCUCCCACUGGCCAAAAUUAAGACUAACAAACAAUGACUAAGUGUGUGAGUCUAUAAUGAUACUGAAAGAAGAGAAAGCUGGGGAGGUAGAAGCAAGAGUAUACCAACUCUGAUUUCUGAGGACUAGUCAUUAAAAAGGAAGAAUGAAGCUUUUAUCUUGUCUUUCUAGUAGGAACUAUACUUCAAGAUAACCAAAUAGGUUGGGCUAAUGAGGAAAAGCUCUUUAUUUUACAAAGGACUAUCAGCUAAUACAUGUAGAAAACAUAAUAUAACUAGAAAAUAAUUUUUGCAACUCCUAAUGAAAUAACUGCGCCAGAUAACAACAAUCAUUAGUGGCUAUUAAUGCCAUCAGGAGCACUGGCAAAGAACUGGUUAUUUGCAUGGUACCAAAAUAUCACCAGUUAACUCACUUACUAAUAGAGAUACAUGGCUGUUUGCCUCUUAAGACAAUAAUCACGCAUGAAACAUGGGACUACCAAACAUUCCAUCUCUUGAAGUGAUGCAACAUAAAGUAGAACUUAUAAAGUACAAUGGAUUAUGGAUGGAGUAUUCUAAUCAAAAAUGUUUAACCUGACAUAUCCAAGGCUUCAAAGCUUUUAGCAAAUACAAUGAACAGAGGAAUAAGCAAAAUUACGAAGAAAAUAAUCAGGUAUUUAUUGCACAAAGCAAGGUACUCCCGAAAACAAGAAAUUUGAUUUAAAGAUGUGAUGACAACAUGAACAGUGAUACAAAACCUUAGAGAUUUUGUCCACAAGUGUUGUGGACAGGAUGGCUGAUAUUAACCUCAAAGAAAUAGCCUUAAUAGUAGGUGUGGUUACCGCCUGCUAUUGGAACAGCCUCUUUUGUGGUUUUGUUUUUGAUGAUGUUUCAGCAAUACUGGAUAACAAAGACCUGCAUCCAUCUACACCUUUAAAAACUUUAUUUCAGAAUGACUUCUGGGGAACCCCUAUGUCUGAGGAGAGAAGCCACAAGUCUUACCGUCCCUUAACAGUAUUGACAUUUCGUUUAAAUUAUCUGUUUAGUGAACUGAAACCAAUGUCAUAUCAUCUCCUAAAUACGAUUUUUCAUGCUGUGGUUAGUGUGAUAUUUCUUAAAGUCUGCAAACUUUUUCUGGACAACAGGAGUAGUAUGAUUGCUUCUUUACUUUUUGCAGUGCACCCAAUACACACAGAAGCAGUAACAGGUGUUGUAGGAAGAGCAGAACUUUUGUCCUCUAUCUUUUUUCUAGCUGCAUUUUUGUCAUAUACCAAAUCAAAAGGACCAAAUAAUUCCAUAGUAUGGACUCCAAUUGCCUUGACAGUGGUUUUAGUUGCUAUUGCAACAUUGUGUAAAGAACAAGGAAUAACAGUUGUAGGAAUUUGCUGUGUGUAUGAAGUAUUUAUUGCACAAGGGUAUACUUUGCCAUUAUUAUGGACUACUGUCGGACAGUUUUUCCGUGGAAAGAGUAGUAUUCCAUUUUCUAUGCUGCAGACACUAAUAAAACUCAUUGUUUUGAUGUUCAGUACACUAUUACUUGUUGUGAUUAGAGUCCAGGUUAUUCAGUCCCAACUUCCAGUAUUCACCAGGUUUGAUAACCCAGCUGCUGUAAGCCCAACUCCUACAAGGCAGCUAACUUUUAACUAUCUCCUUCCUUUGAACGCUUGGCUUCUAUUAAAUCCUUCAGAACUCUGCUGUGAUUGGACCAUGGGAACAAUACCACUUAUAGAGUCAUUUCUAGAUAUUCGAAAUCUUGCCACAUUUACUUUCUUUUGCUUUUUGGGGGCGUUGGGAGUAUUCAGUCUUAGAUACCCCGGUGAUUCCUCCAAGACUGUUUUAAUGGCACUUUGUUUGAUGGCAUUACCAUUUAUUCCUGCAUCGAACCUUUUUUUCCCAGUUGGAUUUGUUGUUGCCGAGCGAGUAUUGUAUGUUCCUAGCAUGGGGUUCUGUAUUUUGGUAGCCCAUGGAUGGCAGAAAAUAUCAAACAAAAGUGUAUUAAAAAAGUUAUCCUGGGUUUGUCUGUCUAUGGUGAUAUUCACUCAUGCCUUAAAAACACUCCACAGAAAUUGGGAUUGGGAGUCUGAAUAUACAUUGUUUAUGUCAGCCUUGAAGGUAAAUAAAAAUAAUGCCAAAUUAUGGAAUAAUGUGGGUCAUGCUCUGGAAAAUGAAAAGAACUUUGAGAGAGCUUUGAAAUACUUCUUACAGGCUACCCAUGUUCAGCCAGAUGAUAUUGGUGCCCACAUGAAUGUAGGAAGAACUUACAAAAAUUUAAAUAGAACCAAAGAAGCUGAAGAAUCUUACAUGAUGGCUAAGUCACUGAUGCCCCAAAUUAUUCCUGGUAAAAAAUAUGCAGCCAGAAUUGCCCCUAACCACCUAAAUGUUUAUAUUAAUCUGGCCAAUCUUAUUCGAGCAAAUGAGUCCCGCCUGGAAGAAGCAGAUCAGCUGUACCGACAAGCAAUAAGCAUGAGACCUGACUUCAAGCAGGCUUAUAUUAGCAGAGGAGAAUUGCUUUUAAAAAUGAAUAAACCUCUCAAAGCAAAAGAAGCAUAUCUUAAAGCACUAGAGCUGGACAGAAAUAAUGCAGAUCUUUGGUACAACUUGGCAAUUGUUCAUAUUGAACUUAAAGAACCAAAUGAAGCCCUAAAAAAUUUUAAUCAUGCUUUAGAACUAAAUCCAAAGCAUAAACUAGCAUUAUUCAAUUCUGCUAUAUUAAUGCAGGAAUCAGGUGAGGUUAAACUCAGACCAGAAGCUAGAAAACGACUUCUAAGCUAUAUAAAUGAAGAGCCACAAGAUGCUAAUGGUUAUUUCAAUCUGGGAAUGCUUGCCAUGGAUGACAAAAAGGACAGUGAAGCAGAGAUGUGGAUGAAGAAAGCCAUAAAAUUACAAGCCGAUUUCAGAAGUGCUUUGUUUAAUCUGGCUCUCCUGUAUUCUCAGACAGCAAAGGAAUUAAUGGCUUUGCCAAUUUUGGAAGAGUUACUCAGACACUAUCCUGAUCAUAUCAAGGGUCUUAUUUUAAAGGGAGACAUUCUGAUGAAUCAAAAGAAAGAUAUACUUGGAGCAAAAAAAUGUUUUGAAAAGAUUUUGGAGAUGGAUCCAAGUAAUGUGCAAGGAAAACACAAUCUUUGUGUUGUUUAUUUUGAAGAGAAGGACUUACUAAAAGCUGAAAGAUGCCUGGUUGAAACAUUGGCAUUAGCACCACAUGAAGAAUAUAUUCAACGCCAUUUGAAUAUAGUCAGGGAUAAAAUUUCCUCAUCUGGUUUUGCAGAACAGCCAGUAUCCCCAGCUGGUAAAACUUCAGGUGUAGAAGGAGACAAAAUUCCAAAUGAAAAUGUAAAAGAAGUAAGAAGUGAACCUAGACCUACACAGAUCAUAAAACCAAGUGAUAAUAAAAGUCAGUCUAAAUCCAACAAACUAUUAGGAAAAAAUACAGACAAAGAGACCCCCCACAAAACAACAAAGGAAAUCAAAGAAAUUGAGAAGAAGAGAGUUGCUGCUUUAAAAAGACUAGAAGAGAUUGAACGUAUUUUAAAUGGUGAAUAGCAUUAUUUAUCAUGUCACAAUGUCCUCAAAGAAGUUCAGUCUAUCUUAUGUGAUUGCUUAUUCUGGGAGCUUUGAAAAAUAGCAAGUAUACACGUAACAGUCUGUCAUGAGCUGCCUCUACAUAGGAUCAAAAUGCGAUUUUCAUUAAAGACCUAUCUUACCCCAGGGUAUGUAUUGUAUAAGAUAUGGCAGUUUUCUGAGUUUUGGUGAUUAUGGCAGAAAUAUUAAAUUACAGUUUGCAAAUUUAUAUCUUUUAUACGGAAGGAAGAUUUCUUCUGCAGAGUAAUCUUGACUACUCUUAAUUAAAAAUAAUCUGAAGCCUGAAUGAUAGUCCCUUGUGGGCAAAUUCAACAUAUGCUGGUUUAUUCUAUGGAUUUGCAUAUUAGUUGACUUCAUUACUUUCUGUUGGAAUCUGAUUAUGGAUUGAAAACACUUAUGAACACAUUCUUUUUUCUUUGGUAAUUUCAGUUUAACCAAGGGACUUUGCACCACAAAAGAAUACUGGCUUCCUUUAUGUUGUAUUCUUUUGUUGAUUUUUAGAAGGAAAGCCAGAUGAAACUUUUUAAAAUAAGUCCUAUGACAUGUUAGCUUAAGAAUGUAUUUUCAUAAUUGUGUGCUUUGUCCUUAACUUUACUCUGAAAUGCAGUUUUUAAUCAGGUAAAGUUUUAAGUAUAAAUAUACAUAUACACACAUGCACAUUUCUAAUGGUGCUCAUAUAUAUUGUAUUUGUAUUUUUUUACAUACUGAGAGUUUCACAGCAUGAACCACAUAAUCAUGACUAUCUUUGAAUUUUUACUCCCCAAACUAUUCAUGUUUAUUAGGAUCUUAGUCAUACUGAAAAAGUCCCAGUAACUAUAACUUUAAACCUUUGAGUUAAAACAUAGUUUCUCUUUCAUCUUAGCGUUAUUUCGCUAGUGUUAUUUGAAUUUUAGUUGUUCCAGAAACACACCUUAAUCAUUCUUAGAUACCUUAAGCAACUAAAUUGAGUUCUGUUUAACUGAAGGCAAAACCAUAUGACAAAGUUUAUUUUUAAACACUAAGUUCUUGUUAUCUUCCUAUGGUGUAUAUUUUUAUUAAAUAUUUAUUUUGACUACUGAGCUUUCAUAAAAAUUUUAAAGCUGUUUAAACUCCAUCAACUGUGGAAAACAAAUUGCUGUUGCAUUUUCCUAUAUAUGCACAUAUUACAAUUUAACCAAAAUUUCAUCAUUUUGGCCUGCUCUCCAGCUAUAAAAGGUAAUUAGCCUUGUAUAGGAUUAAUAGUUAGUUGGUUUUAGCAAAUUUAAACCUGAAAACUAAGUUGAAGGGUAGACAUAAACUUACUAAUUUAUCUCUGAUUUUUUUUUUGAGUUAAAAUACACUUCAGAUGAGUUUUAUAAUACCUGAUAAGUUGGUUUUAAUUUAAAAUGUUAAAGCUAAAGCUAUCAUCCUGGGUUAGUAACUAAUUUCUAAUUAUGUAGAAUUUCAAAAACUGUAUUUCUGUUCCUUUGAGAUAACUAAUUUCUAAUUAUGUAUAUUUGAAAAAUCAUAUUACUGUAAGUUUUUAUAAAGAAAUAUUUUAUAAAUAGGUCACAAGGAAACACGGUCUACAUUAAAGACCCACUCGUACUAGGUUCCCUGAGGUUGUGCCAUAAAUUAUUUUUUAGGCAAUUUAAAUCAAGCACUGACACCAAUCAUAGUUCAUUUUUGAUUUAGAGAUUCUGUUCAGCAUUAAAGUAAUAUCCAGUUUCAGUUUUUAAAUUAUGGCUUUGUGACUCCAGAUAUAAGAUGGAGAAUACCUCAUAUACUGUGACUUGAAAAACGAAAUCUAUGUUAAUCUUAUAUUCUGUCCACAUAUCUUGAGAAAAAGUUUCUGAGUUUGAUCUCUUCUGUUAUAGUAUCAAGUGAAGGUAAGUCAGAAAAGUAGAAGGGAAUCUUUCGUGACAGCAGAUCAUAAUAAGCUUUGAGUAUCAUUUUAAUAAAAUUAUGUAGCUAUUCAAAAGAUAAAAAAUAUAUUAUCCAAUGAUUUUUAUAGAAAAAAGAAUUCCUUAUUUGCACUUAGAACAAUGCCUAUCAUGUAGGAAGUGCUCAUAUUUGAAUUUUAAAUAAUUUAUUUAAAUCAAAUCCAGCCUGAUUAGUAAUUUUUCCAAAUUAAUGUUCCUCAAUGACCUCAAUUCAUAUUAGAAUCAUCUGGAGGACUCUUUAAUACCGACCCCAACCCACAACAAUUUAAUCCGAAUUUCUUAGGAAGGGAGCCAUGCGUUCAUUUUCUUAAAGUUCUCAGAGUGAUUCUAAUUUGUAGUCAGGGUUAAUGAUCACUGCUCUAAAUUAGUUCAAGGAAAUCCUCUUAUCUCUUCUGUACUAACUUUUUAAAUUAGUAUCAUAAACCAGUAAGUUUUGAUGUUUUAAUGAAUAUGCUCUUCUGAUAACUAGUAUUUAUUUUAUCUUAAGUACCAUCAAGCUUGUUUAUGUGAAAUUGAUUAUUCUCUUUAAACUCAUAGUAGAAAUUUUAUUCAAGCUGUUCAAAUGAAAAAAGGUAAUAGAUUUUUCCCUCCUCUUUGGAACUGCCUUUUUGGGGAAAUGGAUGGUAGGGACAUUUUAACCCAGCUCACCAACCUACAGUUCACAGUUCUGAGCAUCUGUAUGUUUGGAAAAGAAAGCGUAUCAUAGCUUUGUGUGCUGGUAAAGGGAUGUAGUUUUAGUUCUCACUGUUUACAAAAGAAUCUAUUCCCUAGGAGUUCUGGGAAAGCUUUGACAAUCCCCAAGGGGCAAUUAUAUUACUUUUUCACUACUUCUCAGAAGGAAGAAUUAAGUUUUUCUCUUACUGCUCCUAUAUGUAUUUCAUUAUUAACAUUCAGAAUUGGGAAUUUUAUCUUGUAAUUAUCCCAGUAAGUAAUUUCAUGAAGCUAAUGACUCAGAGGAUAAAACAAUUAUGUUUGCAAUUUUGUGUUUACUUUUAUGUAAAUAUUUAGUAUGUGAAUUACACAAUUCUAAUAAAACCUCAUGCCUUUUCAUUACAUCUAAUUUGAACUCUCAACUUCAUGUUACAGAAUACUUCUUUGAAGAUGCUUUAAUGAAAACUAUUAUGAAAAUAUAUAGAUUUGUAUGUCAGUUUCUACUUCAGAAAUCCAUAUAUUUGUCAUAUUUAUUUUUUAAAAAACCUAAUUGUUUGCAUGACUAAAUGGUAUUUAAAAUGAACCCCCCAAAAUAUCUGGUACCUUUGUCCAAAAUUUUGUCUGUUAGGAGCUGUCAGCCAUCCAUGUUAAGGGUUUAUAAGAAAAUAGUUUAAAAUUAUAUGCAUUUUAUAUUACUGUCAUGUCUGUGUGUACCAUAUUUCUAAAUAUUCAGUAUAAAAUUGAUACUUUUUAAAACCUUCA